AUGUCAUGUACCGUAACCCAGACAAUAUUCAAAAAAUGCGAAAAUGAUUGGAUUUCGAAGAAUGGAACUUGUUAUGAGGAUUCGUGUUGCACUUCAUUUGAGGUUGGUUGAAGUUUUUAUUGAUUUGGAAAUUUUGAAACGUAUAAUUUUUGACAAAAAAAAACAUUGAAUUUUCCAGACCGCUACUUCCUGGUACUACCGCCUCGCUCAAUUCUCUCACAUCUUCUUCAGCACUCUUGCCAUUCACAUCAUCCCAAUCUACCUGAAAAUCUACGCUAAAAAACACAUGCUCUCCCACAAUAUCCGUAUUUUCGUCAACAUCACAUUAUUUUUCAUAUUCGUCCAUUCCAUCGAUAUGAUCGCAAUCCAUGUCUACCACAUCUAUCAAAGUUUUUUGGCGCGUGAAGAAGAUCCGUGUUUUGUCCGGGUUCGUGUGGAUUUUUGUGCACCAAUGAGGAAUGUUUUUGGAUUUUGUUUGUUGGCAUUGGGUGCCACGCAAUUUGCGAUUUAUAUCGAUCGAUUGAUUUGCAUUUUUUAUUCGGAGUUUUAUUUGAAACAUCAGAAAAUUGUUCUGGCUGUGUUGGUUUGGCUAAUCGUGAGUCGUCAACUCCAAAAAAUUGCACAUUAUCUGAUUCAGAUCCUAGUCCCAUUCCUCCUGAUCUUGUGGGUUUUCCGAAAUCAAGAUUCCCAAUCCUAUCUGCUAUCCUGCAUCAACAUCCCAAAAGCCUCAAUUCGAGAUAUGACUUAUGGAACAGCUGGAAUAUUUCCAGUCAAUGUUUGUGCAUUUUUCCUAUCAAUUUUUCUUUUCCGAAUGUUUCGGAAACGAGAAAAAGGUUCAAGGUUUUAUAUGUCACGGCAUUUCAAAGAUGUGAUAGAUGUGCAAUCUUCUGAGUUUUUGUUUAAACUUACCGCAACUCAAGGAUUGUUUAUCGUGCUUUAUCCAAUUUGCUCGUUUGUUCAAAGGAUUUGGUUGUAUAAUGAUUUCAAAAGAUCAGUGCAUUUGACAUUUGCCACGUUGUCUUAUGUGAGUUGGUGGAAUUGCGGAGUGUUGUUGAUUGUUUUUUUUUCUCUUUAGAUUUUCAGCAUCUAUUGUUUUGUUAUCCCAUUAGUCAUGAUUCAAUAUGUGCGAGGCUCUCAAAAACUCAAAAAAGAUCGGAUUUUUCGCCACGUCACCUUGAAAUCUAUAGGCUCCGAAGGAGCUGAUAAUUAUUUUAAUAGUUUGAAAAACCAGUGGGGCUAGCCAAGGCCUUGAUUAUUUUAUUAUGAAAAAUAAAAUUCUUAUUUGCCAUGUGUUGUUCUUUGCGUCGACUUCGGGUAACCUAUCAAUAAGAACAUAGCCCUCUAUAAUUAGAGGCGAAGAGAACUUUCGAUUUUUUUUGUUGGCGAAAAUAAAAAAUGCUGCUCGAAAUCUGGUUGUAUUAUGGAUGUGCGGGAAUUAUUUUGAUGAUUGGAUUAUUGAUUAUUUUUUCCAAGUCUAAAAAAUUUAGCUAUUCGUUUUAUCGAUUGGUUCAAUGGGAUAUUAUUUUGGUGAGAGAUGGUUUUGGGGGGAAAUCUGGCAGGUUAAGCAACGUGGACACCGGUUAGUUCCGGGUUCAAGACCAGGCUCAAGCUCCAGCCUAAAUCUAUAUCUAACCUAGGCCCAUUCACAGGCCUCACUCUUAAUUUUCAGAACCUAAUAUCCUACCUCAACACCUGGGUAACCCGAUUAUCGAUGAACCCCAACACCGGUCAUCUAAUGCUCCCUCUCUACCGCAACUAUCAUUUCAUUUUUGUCCUAACCAUGUUCCUCAAUCUCUAUUUUCUACACAUUCAAAGUGGAAGUGUGAUCUUACUAUGUGUUCACAGAUUUUCCACAACAAAAUACGAGAGUUCGAGUGUUUUCUGGAGAAAGAAUUAUUUGUUGAUCUACAUGGGAUUGUUGAUCUAUUCGUUUGUGUUGACCUAUCCAGUUUUGCAUUUUAAUAUUUUGAGUGCGUUGAAGUAUAAUGAAGUUAAGCAGAAAUUCGUUUUGGAUGUUCAAGAAGAUGAUGUUCCGAUGGUUGGCUUCAAAAUCGUCAUCGCAGCCUCAACUUUCAGUUAUUCAUUCUUGAUCUUCAUUAUCGGAAUUGUAACCUUAAUUCAACUUCGACAGAGAUUAUCUGGACUUCAAAGAUCUUCGGCUACAUUUCGACGUAUGACUUUGAUGACUCUAAUUAUCACAAUUAAUUAUAAUAUGUUAAUUAUUUGGGAGAUUAUUUGCGGUGCGAUUUUUCCUGAUAUGUCGAAUGAGCAAAGUGUGGCGAUGCUUAUGACGUGUUCUGAUGUGGUACCUAGAUAGCAGAAUCUAGAUAGGGUCAAGCAUAAGUUUUUUCCAGGGCACCUUCUCAAUUCCCAUUGUGCUUCUUUUGUUUGACAAAAACCUUCAUGAACUGAUUUUUCACUAUUCCAAAAAUGUGUCGAAAAGUAGAAUGACUUCAAUUGUUGUGAGCCAAUCUAAAUUGUAA